AUGGGUAAUGUAGCCAAGAGUUCUUUAACUACCGCUCCUACCUCAACGAACUGUGGUCUCACAUAUAUUGCGUUGGGUGCAUCUGAUUCUGUCGGUGUUGGAACAAGCAAUCCAUCAAUUGAAGGUUGGGUACCACAAUUUGCUUUAUUAAUAAAUGCUGCUAAAACAAUUAAUCUCGGUGUAAGUGGUUCGACAGUAGCUCAAGCUCUAAGACAGCAGGUCCCUACAGCUCUUAUACAAAAAGCAGAUGAAAAUAGUGUCAUCACAAUAUGGUUGGCUGUCAAUGAUUUUAAUGCACAAGUCACCGGUCAAGUAACACUGGAUCAAUACAAAACAAGUUUGAAUCGCAUGUUAUCAUCCUUAAAGUCAAAUACAAACCAAGUAUUGGUGGGAAAUAUUCCAGAUUUAUCCAAAGUAAAGAUUUAUUCUAAUUUAGGUAUCCCAACUCCUGUACUAAGUUCUCGUGUAACUGAAUGGAAUAAAGUAAUAUCGGAUGUUGUCAAAUCCAAUAAUUGUAAAUUAGUUAAUUUAUUCGCGCAUUGGAAGGAACUCGAACGACAUCCGGAAUACAUCUCAUUUGAUGGUUUUCAUCCAUCGUCAGACGGUUAUAAACGAUUAGCUCAAGUAUUCUAUGACGUGUAUUCAAAAUAAAUUGUCAGUUUUUAAAAGUCCAAAAAUAUAAUCCUGCUGAAAUUUGAACUAAUAUUUUUCUUCUAAUCGACACCUUUUUGCCACGUGAGUAUUGAGAAGAGUCUCAUAUGUAGACAGUAGACUCCUGCGGGGCAAACUUUUUUGUUGCCUAGAGUCCGUAAGCCCAAACUUGUAAAAUUUUUCUUUAGCUCGAGUCCGACCCCACGGAAAAAUUAUUUCGCCCCGAAAAAUAAAACCACGCAUCGUUUAGCCCGUAGAUUUAAACCGAUAAAUAAUACAUCUGCUAGAGCUAGAUAAGAGACGUGAUUUUUUCCUUUUGUCCCGAGUCCGUAAGCCUAAACCCAGAAAAAUAUAAUUUUUCCCUAGCCCAAGAGCUGAAACCCUUAAAUUUUUUUUGCCCGAUCCCGUCUGUCCCGUCACGUGGCGGGACAGACGGGAUGGGAUUCGGGACUGUCCUGCAGGAGUCCAGUAGAUAGAUCACUAUCAACGCCAAAAUGCAGAGCAGGUUACCGUUUUUUUAAUAACUCAAUAACAGCGUAAGGUCGAACGCUGCGGUUUUCAGCAAUCGAAAACAGACACCUGAGGCUAGUGUUCCACAGAUUUUUUAAAAGACUUUUGAAACCAGUUUUUGAGUAGAUCUUUGGAAAACUAGUUUAGAUCUAAGAAAACUAACAUAGAAAUAGGUCAAUCUUUUUUCGUAGAUAGAUAGUCCAAAGUGUCCUCUUUAAAACAGAAACUAAGCGAAUUCUUAAUUUUUCGUGAUUUAGACGUGGCAUCGGAUUGUCUGAGAGUCCCACGAUCACUAUUUCUUGAGAUGUGGGAAUUCCGACAACAAAUGCAAACAUAGGGAAUCGACCAUUGGCAACAUUUGUUUUUCAAAAAGGUUAAAAAAGUCAAAAGACUUUCAUGUUGAACGUUUUUUAGGGUGAAUCACACCACAUAUGAUAUAUAAGGGAGAGACUUCAACAUUAAGAAGUUAAAAUAUUUUGUUGUUCUGUACGCGUGUUAUUUUUAUGUUUGAAUUCACUUUUGCAUAUCAGUUUAACUGAUGAUGUCUUUAGAAUAAAGACGAAACGUCUUAUUUUGAAAUCAGUCAUUUCACAUGAAAAAGGUGAUUUUAUUCUUAAUUUCUAUCAUAAAAUUUUUCACCUUAAACAAAGAUUCAAUAGUUAAAAAACCUACUGGAAACCUAUUUUAUAUGAAAUACAUCGAAAAUAUCCACCGAAAUGUUUUUUCUAAAAUAUGUCUACCGAGAUUAUUUUGUCUAUAUAUUUCGACUAAAAUAACUUCGAAUUCCGACUCGUCAUAUACCUGAAGAUUCGCUAAACCUGCGCUAUUCCCAUGAAAUCACAAAAAAUUUCUGGGAUCUAUACGUUGUCUUUUAUUUUAACAAAACGCUAAGCUUUUCUCACGAUAAUAUCGUUUUCUAAAAACGAUUGCACCACGGACUGAGUAGUUCUUGAAAAUCCUUGCAUAAGAGACUUACCAAACUCUAAAGUGCAGGGAAAAUAUUAUAUUUAAACACAAUCGACAUAGCUCUAUCAAACGUACGAGUCGGGUAUUUAUUAUUAGAAACUUUUUUUAUAGUGGUUUUUUUCUCAAUCAAUUCAAUUUUUUUGGAUCAAUACGGUACAUUAAAAACUAUUUUGAAAAAAUCUAAUAUAAUUAUGACUCAUUGUCAUUUAACAGUUGUUUUGGUCAAUAUGUAACGGCUCUCUGUAUAUGAGUCAAUUGCAACUUUUUUGUAUAAUGACAUUUUUGAAGUAUUUUUGCUACUAACACCGUUGUUGUGAAUGGAUUUUCAAAGUUUUUUUUAUUCUCUAUCUCAGACCCUAGCCACACUACCAUAAAAAUUUCGUAACAAUAUGCCGUCAACUAACUGAGUUACGUGGGUCAAAAGUGAAAAAUACCCGUUUUUUCGAUGAGUCAUCGAC